CUCUUCCCAACCCGUGACUGGUCCCCUCAGCUUUACCGUUGCGUCCCCUCCUCUGUUUGUUCGCUCUUCCUUGUUCAAUCCUCCGUACCCCACAGUGCUCUCAUUGCUUGCAUUGACCAGUCUCUCUCCAUCAACCUGAUUCUGAAGGGCGAACAACGCCCCAUCACGUCUUCUAAGUUGCACUUGGAUUGGUCUCUAUAAUGAGCAAUCCGAUUGCUUCUUUGGCGUUCUCAAACGCUGCCCAGCGCCAUGACAAUGGAAGUGCGACGUCGGAAAGCGUGGACGAAGAUGAAGGUCACAGGGCUUCCGACAGCAUACGUGUCUUGAUUGAUGCAGGAAAUUCUUCUGUUAGUUUGCAAGAGUUGCUCCGUCCCGGUGUACAAACAAGGUACGCGCAGCUCGAGCUCAUGGAGCUUGCCAAGUCUAUAGUAGGACACCGGCAAGGACCAUGUUUUGUUACUCUCAAGGAUGUCACAAUAGAAGGGAAAGCAAAAGUUAUGAUGAUCGAGUUUCAAACAGUUGCAACAGCUGCAUUGUCCAUGGUCACCUCCUUGUUUCGCAAGUCGCAGAGAUUUUGUACAAAGCAUAUCCUUACCCAUGUCACCACAGCCUUCGCCCCUGCCAAGAUCUGCUUGCUGAUUGGCCCCCCCCAAAGUGGAAAGACGACCUUGCUCAAGUACAUUGCGGAGCGGCUUGACAGCGGCUUGACGUCGAGAGGAGAUCUGUCGUUCAAUGGGGUUCAUCCCCACCCCUCCAUCAUGCCCAGGAUCGUAGCAUACACUCCCCAGCUGGAUGAUCACACGCCAGCCUUGACCGUCCAGCAGACUCUCAACUUCGCGUUCGAUUGCACAGCCUCUCGACAUGUUCGAGGGAUGGCAAAACAAAAUGGUCUAGCUCCCAAGAGCACCAAGGAGGAAGGAGGCGAUCCUCGCAACAAAGUUAACAUCAUCAUGGACUACUGCGGUCUAGACAACUGCAAGAACACAGUAGCAGGCAGUGAUACUCUGCGAGGACUCUCUGGCGGUGAGAAGAGAAGACUGACUAUCGCUGAGCAGUUGGUCGGCACCUCCCUUGUGAACUGUAUGGAUGAGAUCACGACUGGACUGGACUCAGCCGCUGCUCAUGACAUUGUGGAAUCUCUCGCGAAUGCCUGCCAUGUCUUCGACAAGACAACGGUCAUCUCCCUGCUGCAGCCACCACCGGAAGUUGUCAACCUCUUUGAUGAGAUUCUCUUGCUCGGUCCCAAUGGCGUUCUCCUUUACCACGGGCCAGUGUCCGAUGCUGAGUCAUACUUUGAAGAAGAGUUUGGAUUCAAGAAGCCUGGAAACCUUCCUCUAGCUGACUUCCUUGUCACCCUGUGCACAGAUGAGGUCACUCAGUACUGGUCGACGUUCAACUCCGACGACGUCCCGACGCCAAUGGAGAUGGCGGAGAGGUGGAAGCGUUCGAGGAUCUUCAAGCAGUACAUCAAGCCGAGGUUUCACGAGGCUGUGAACCAUGGGCGGUGUAAGGAAUCAAACACUGUGAACCAGAUGCCCUGGAUCACUCCCUUUGGAGCCACGUAUAAGACGCUUUUGAAGGCUUGCUUCCAUCGAUCCUUCAGGAUCCUUCUUGGCGACAGAGUGCUUGUUCGCAGCAUAAUCAUCCAAAGGCUGAUCCAAGGCAUCAUCAUCGGCACAAUCUUUUGGCAGACAACCAAGGAUGGGAUGAAGGUGCCGAUGUUGUUCUUGCUGUCCUCCAUGUUGUCCAUGAGCAACGUGUACAUGGUGAACCUCGCGAUCAUGAAGAGGCCGAUCUUUUACAAGCUUAGGGACUCUGGUUUCUAUCCAACAUGGAUCUAUGCCAUGUCUGAGUUCAUCUCGGAGCUCCCAUUGCAGUGCCUUGAAGUCUGUAUCGUCGGAUUCAUCGCCUUCUUCUUCGUCGGGUUUCAGACUUCCACGUUUCCCACCUUUGUGGUGGCUCUCUUGCUUAUCUGCCUGGCUUUCGUUUCCAUCUACAAAGCGAUCGCUGCCAACUCCCGCAGCCCGUCAGGAGCCCAGGGCCUCGCCAUCGGCUUCAUCGCCUUCUCCAUGUGCUUCUCCGGCUACAUCGUGACCAAGGGAAGCAUCCCGGACUACUUCAUCUGGAUCUACUGGAUGCUCCCCUUUCCGUGGGUCCUUCGCAUCUUGGCCAUCAAUGAGUUCAUGUCUCCGGGUAGGAACGGCGUGUACGACUCGCUCGUGGGCCCAUCGAAGCAGCGACUGGGUGACAUGUACCUUCAGACCUUCUCUAUCCCCGUCGACAAGAUCUGGAUCCCCUUGGGUUUCAUCUACCUCUUGGCGAUCAUCGUGCUCUUCCAGCUGCUGUACGCGUUUGGCCUUCACUUCCGACGGCUCGAGUGCGAGCUGCCUAUCAUCGUGUUGGACAAGGACAAGGAAAAGACGGAGAAACCAGGAGACGCGACCUUGGAUCCUGUGUUUGAGAGGGAUGCGAUGUUCGAGGACGCCGAGCAGAACAGCAAGAAGGCCUUCACUGCGUUGAGAAGCAUCUCCAUAGUGCCGCCGGAGGUUUCGCUGUCCUUGAAGAACUUGUGCUACACCGUCACCAUCCCCGCCCCCAAGGACUCAGGGGCGAAGAAGAUGGACAAGAUCCUCAUCAACAACAUCUACGCGCACUUCGAGCCUGGAACGAUCACAGCACUGAUGGGGUCAUCGGGAGCUGGCAAGACGACCCUGAUGGAUGUCAUUGCUGGAAGGAAGACGUCAGGGAAGAUUGAGGGCGAAAUCCUCGUCAACGGGCACAAGCAGGAGCUCUCAACCUUCGCUCGUAUCAGCGGGUAUGUGGAGCAGACGGACCUUCACAUCGGGAGCCUCACGGUUCUCGAGGCCCUUAGGUUCUCUGCUCUCCACCGCCUUCCUCCAGAGCUUUCCAGCGACGAGAAGGAGAUCGUCGUGCAGGCUGUUGCUGACCUAGUUGAGCUCCGUCCCGUCCUCAACAAGACGAUAGGAGGCAAGGGCAUCGGCUUGUCGCUAGAGCAGCGCAAGCGAGUGACCAUUGGGGUGGAGAUGGCAGCGAACCCGAGCAUCCUCUUCCUCGACGAGCCAACCUCAGGGCUCGACUCGCGAGCUGCGAAGAUGGUGAUGAACGUGCUGCGUCGUAUCACUGAGACUGGUCGGACAGUCAUCUGCACCGUCCACCAGCCGUCCAAGGAGAUCUUCUCGAUGUUCGACCACCUCCUGCUCCUCAAGAAGGGAGGCUGGAUGGUCUACAAUGGUGACCUGGGCCCCACGAGGCAGGAGGAGGGGCAUGAUGGUCUGGUGUACACAGCGAGGAACAUGGUCGACUAUUUUGAGAACUGCUCUCCCCUCGCGCCCAAGAUGCGGCCGGAGAUGAACCCCGCCGAGUACAUGCUCGACAUCGUCGGCGCUGGUCUGGGGACGCAUGCGGAUCGAGGCGACAAUGUGGACUUUGUGAGGCUCUUCGAGGAGUCGGAGAUGGCCAAGGGGAUGAAGCGGAAGCUGGAGAGCUUGUCGCAGGGGGAGAAACUUCACUUUUCAAGUCGCUAUGCCACGGGCUUCGCGACGCAGCUCUACUUCUCGACGAGGAGGUGGGCGUCUUGUCACUGGCGCAACGUGGGAUACAACCUCCACCGCAUGAUCGUCGUGACCAUCAUCGCCCUCCUCUUCUCGCUCAACAUGGUCAACCAAAAGCUCUCCGAUGUGACCGACCAGUCAAAACUCCAGUCGUUCAACGGCAUCUUGUUCGCCGGUGUCUUCUUCACCGCUGCUGUACAGACCAACAUGGCCGUUCAGGUUCUCGGGGAGGUCAAGGUCGUCUACUACAAGGAGCUGGCUGCUGGCAUGUACACUCCCUUCGCUUACAUCUUCGGGCUCACGGUGGUAGAGAUUCCCUGGCUCAUCGCCGUCACUGCUCUCCACAUGAUCAUCUUCUACCCGCUUGUAGGGCUCUGGACGGCCCCGAGUUACAUCGCCAUGUACGCGGUUACUGUCUUCCUCCUCUGCACAGUCUUCUGCUUCUGGGGUCAGAUGCUUGCGGCCCUCACCCCCAGCACGCAGGCAGCAGCGCUGAUAGCUGGGCCGACGGUGGGGAUCAUGGUGCUCUUCAGUGGGUUCUUCGUGCCCGGCUCGCUUAUUCCGUAUCCUUGGAAGAUCUUCUACUAUAUCUUCCCCGCCAAGUACGGCAUCAAGGCCGCCAUGCCCAAGCAGUUCUACUGCAGCAUGAGCUGCCUGGCUGAGUCGCAAGACCCUUCCAACCGCUUCAACUGCAACGAGCUCAACGUCACGUCGCUGGCUCGGCCUCCCUUCAACGCUGACGGCCCUGGCUGCAGCCUCCUCUAUGACCUGACGGGACAGGUGCAGCAGAUGAAGGGAGCAGCAUGGACGGCCAAGAACUUGGGGGCGAGUGGGAUUCACCGGAUGACAGUGUGGGACUACUGGAGCAUCACGACUGACUCCAACAUCACCGACGUGCCGCUCUACAUCGGAGUGCUCGCCAUCUUCAUCUUCGUCUUCCGCUUCUUCACCUACCUCGCGCUCAAGUACCUCAAGCACAUCAACCGAUGAGCCUUCUACCGUAGCUUUGUUCUCUUGGAAUAUGUUGUUGUUCUCUUGGAAUAUGUUGUUUGUUGAAAAUGUGUUUGUUAUUUUUUGAAUGAUAGCCUCUUUGUAUGCU